UUUAAAUUUAACAUUAUUUAAGUUUUAUAUAUUUUCACUCCCAAAUCACAAUACAAGUACAUUGCCCAGGCCGGGCUCUUCACAUACAUAGGAGCAAAAUAAAGAUGGUGAACUUGGUGGAAGCUCUGCUGCUAUUGUUGAAUGGCGUGAUGAAAAUGGAAGGUGUUAAACCACACACCUUUGAGAUCGAGCCCGGCACUGUUCUGAAGUUUUGGGUUCCCAAGGAGACCAUAAAAAAGCCCAAGAAAGCUGCUGCAGCCACCGCCACAAAACACAAGCCUAACAAACCAGCGGUGGUGCUCAUCCACGGCUUCGCCGGCGAUGGGAUCCUCACGUGGCCGUUUCAAGUGGCGGCCUUGAUGAAAAGCUACUCCGUCUACGUCCCGGACGUCCUGUUCUUCGGCGGGUCCAUCACGGACAGCAAGGACCGGUCGCCGGCGUUUCAGGCGGAGUGUUUGAGCAAGGGGCUGAGGAUGCUGGGGGUGGAGAAGUGCACGGUGGUUGGGUUCAGUUACGGCGGUAUGGUGGCUUUCAAGAUGGCGGAGAUGUUCCCUCAACUGGUGGAGGCGGUGGUGGUUUCCGGCGCGGCGUUGGCCAUCACGGAUUCCCUUAGAACCGCCAUGCUUCACAGCCUAAGAGUCUCCAGCUUCUCGGAUCUGUUGAUGCCAAAUUCUGUUAAGGGUCUAAAGAAGCUUCUAAGGAUUGCUACUUACAAGAAGUACUGGUUUCCUAAUCGCAUCUACCAAGACUUCCUUAAGGGAAUGUUUAGCAGCAGUAAAGAGAGGGAAGAACUGCUUGAAUGCAUGGUAGAAAGCAGCAAGGAUAAUACUAUCCGUGACAUACCACAGAAAGUACUUCUUCUAUGGGGUGAAAAUGAUGAGAUUUUCAAGAUCGAGCAAGCUAAAGACCUGAAAGACCAACUAGGAAGCAAGACAACGUUGGAAGGCAUAAGGAAGGCAGGUCACCUGGUUCACCUAGAGCGACCUUGUGUCUACAAUAGAUGUCUCAAGAAGUUCCUUGCUUCCCUCUCGGUAGAUAUGCCCCAAAAGUGAUUUUGUCUAUCUUAAUUAGUCACGAAAGGGAUAAUCGAGUGUGCAAAAUUUAUAUAAUUCAUGUACUUAAAGAUUAUAAGUUAAAUUCUUGCUAAUAUUUUUUAGUAUAAUCCAGAUUUGUAAGCUACUAUAUAGGAAUGGGUAUAUACUAUAUCUAUAUCCAUACACACUAUUGAAUAAUGGCUAUUAAUCUAUGACUUUCUUGUCACUCAAAAA